AUGGAUAUUCAAAGUUUUUCUGCAACAUAUUGGUAUAUUUGGCUCCUUGUUGUUCUUGUAAUUCUAAUUCUAAUCUUAUUAAAUGGUGGUGGAAUAUUAUUGUAUCAUAAAAAUCGACAAAAAUUUAUUAAAGAAGCAAAUCAAGUUAAUGAUAAUAAUAUACCAAUGCGUGCACCAUCUACAAUAUCAACAAUAAAUAUGAAUAAUAAACCUAAUUAUAGAAAAAUGUCAAUACUAUCAGCUGUAACACGUAAUUCUUCAGUUACAAAUUCAAAAGUUUAUCCAGAAUUAAAUACAAGAAAAUCAAGGCGAAUGAUAAAUUCACUACCAAAUAUAACAACAAUUAAUAAAGUAGUAAGAACAUCUCAAGCAAGACCAUUAUCACCAUUAUCAGAUGAUAUGAAUGAAAAAGCUGAUGAGAUGGAUUUAUCAUUAGAAGAAUUUCAACGACAAGCAUUAGCAGAACAUAAUUUCAUGAGAGCUAUGUAUAAUAAAUCACCAUUAAAACUUACUGAAUCAUUAAAUAUUUAUGCACAGUAUUGGGCAGAACAAUGUGCACGAACGAAUAUUAUUAAACAAUCACGACCUGAAUGGCGUUUACAAUGUAAUGGACAAUCAUUAGGAGAAAAUAUUAUUUCAAUUAAAUCUCUACAACCAUUUGAUGGUUCCUAUUUUACUUCAUUAUUAAUGGCGAAAGGCAAUCAAUCAAAAGAAGUUGACUGUAUAUUAAAUGAAGUAAGUACUGAAGUUGGUUUUGGUCGUGCACAAACUCAACCAAAUGAUGAUACACAGCAAGUACAAUGGAUUGGUGUAGCUCAUUAUUAUCCAUAUCGUCAAUUAACUGCUGUGCAAUCUUAG